ACGGGUUAGAAAGCUGAGAUUGGUGGCCACACCAGGCGCUCACUCGCUUAUCCCUCAUCAACGGAGCAUCAUCUCAGCGCAGCGGCAGUAGCGGAAGAGGAACCAUCAGAAGCAGCAGCUUUGCGGGUCCCCGAAAUGAGCAACUUGUCAGGCAACGCGACGCCUUGGUUCGUGUCGGAGUGCACCCUCCGGCUGGACGCCGAGUGGCGGCGCAUCUGCCUCUUCCUGCUCUACCUCUUCGUGUUCUCGGCCGGGCUGCUGGAGAACCUGCUGGUGCUGUGGGUCAACUGGCGACGGCGGCGCUCGGCCAGCGGCGUCCUCUUCUGCGUGCUCAACGUCAGCCUGUCCGACCUGAUGGUGAUGGGCGUUCUGCCCUUCUUCAUGCUGGAGGUGACGGUGGAGCGCGUGUGGCUGUGGGGGCGCUUCCUCUGCAAGCUGAGCAGCCUGGUCUAUGGCGUCAACUUCUACAGCAGCUCUUUCUUCCUGGCCGCCGCCACGCUGGAACGCUACCUUGCGCUGUCGUCCCGACCCGCGCUCUUCCGAGGCCGGCGCCGCUGGGCCCUCUGCGCCGGCCUCUGGCUCUCCUCGCUCUUGCUGGCCCUUGUGGAGAACAUCCACGUGGAUCUGUUGGAGUGGGACGAGCCGGGCUGCUACAUGCUCCCCGAGGGCAACUACGUGGAGUGGUUCGUCUCGGUGGCCUUCCUCUGCCUCAUCUUUCAGUUCCUGGGGCCCGCAUCGAUCAUCGUGGUCUGCAACACGCUGAUGGCCCGCGCCUUGCGGACGGCAGCGCCGCAGGAGCAGCGUCGUGACCGGCGGGACGUCUUGCUUCUGCACGUUUACUCGUUGGUCUUCCUGGCCUGCUGGCUGCCCUACCACCUGAUCAUGACCCUAAUGAUCAUUGCCGACCUGGCGCCCCACGUCUUCAGCUGCAACGUAGUGGAGUUUGUUUACUUCUCCUUCAGCGUGGUGCAGAGCUUCUCCCUCUUUCACUGCGUGGCCAAUCCCAUCCUCUACAACUUCCUCAGUAAGAGCUUCCGCGACAACCUGGUCAACGCCCUGGUCAGCCAUCUGCCCGUCGCUGGGGCCGGUGCCGGGGAGGCAGCCCUGCCCCAGCGUAAGUUGAGUAACGGCAGCACCGUGCAGUCCGACGCCGGGCAGUGAUUGUCUGAUCCGUUCCCCUUGGGAGGUACGGUGGCUGAUAAGUGAAAAAAUGUAUAAGGCCACAUCAAAAGAAUUAUAAAGUUGCAGACAAUGUACACAAGGAAAACAUUUAAUCAUAUCCAUAAAUAACAUGAAAAUAAAAUUACACAGCUAUAGUGGUCAAUGGCAACCAAUGAGUUUAAUUUGGGGGCAUUUCUGGGUCACUUCCUGUUGAUUUUGGGGCAUUUCUGGGUCACUUCCUGUUGAUUUUUGGUUACAGAACAGGAAGUGACCCGAGAUUUGUUUCAAAUGAAUAGGUAGUGACUCAAACAAUAACUCUAACAACUGUAAAUGCCAUAAAAUGAACAGAAAGUUACCUACCUGUAAAUGCCAUAAAAACUGGAAAGACUGGCUUCGACUGCUCUGGUUUCCAAUAAACGAACGUUCAUGUGCGCAGGUCUUAAUGCACAAUUCUGAUUUUUUGUGAUAUACAGUGGUACCUCUACAUAUGAAGUUAAACAUAUGAAAUUAAUUUGCUUUGCUAUAAAAGUUUACAAUCAUCGGCAGCGCAACGAUGCGACACCAAAUGGGAUUUUACAGAUCACGCCAGUACAAAUCUCCGGCGGAAGUCAACCAUUGCCAUUAUAAACGUAUUUAUCAUAAAAAAAACUUAACUGGGCAGGCGCUCUGGAAACAAAUCACAGGCAGGAGUACCGUAGUAUUCUGUGCAAAUUGUCAAUUUCAACACACACUAAUUGUGAAGAAAUACUCCUCUGUUUUAAUUUUGAAUUUCCUUUUAUUAACAUAGAUGACGGAAAUCUGAGGCAUCGGAAACACAGCUACUUAAAUUAUAAUACUAUCAUUCAACCAAACAAACAAAUGCAGAACAAUUACAAGACUAAUACAAUAUACUGCAUCGCUGUGUACACAUAUAACCCAAUAUACAACAGAAGACACAUGAUCGACAUUAACAGGAGAUAAACUUACAGAAAGGUGUGUUGAGCCACGUCUAUUAGAACUACUUAUUGUGGUCUGUGACUGCCUGAACUCUUGCCAAACCGUCAACCCAGUAGAUGGCAGUGAUGCCCCAUGAUACAAGGGGUAAACUGCCAACAAGAAGAACUACUCCUUCUCUCCCUACUAGUAGGAGCCACGUCAAUGCAGGCUGGUGCUGCCCCCCAGCGGCCGGAGCGAUUCUGUACAAAUUGAUCCUGUGAAAAAUUAUAAGAACCGGACAUUUUCAUGAAUUCAUUAAACCUGGGCAAACGACGAGGACACGGCAUGAAACAAUGACUUGUCCGGGCAAACGAGGACGUUUGGUCACCCUACCCAAGAGCCGCGUUCAAGCUAGGCGCUAAUUCCUAUUCCAAUUUGGUGGACUUGACAGUUCAGACCGCAGCCACAUUCUGGAAAAAUGAGGCCCUGAUCAGAUUUUAACCACAUACAAAAGUGACCUAGAUCAGAUUUGAAAUGGUCCACUUUUAUGCGACUUUUACCGUUCAGACCGUCAAAUUAAUGCCUCACUCUAGUCGGAAAAACACAAAAAAAGUAGACCUGCAGUAUGAACCUAGCCUAAGUGGAUUGGGCGUCUAGCUCACAGAGACACUACUUUAGUGGAAGGUUUUGGUAGCAACUUGUUGGUUCCUUUUUGUUUGUUAACCAGUGACACCUUUUUAAAACAAUGAUCAGAGGUGGGUAGAGUAGCAAAAACUCAAAACUCAAGUAAGAAUAGUGUUUCUUUAAAAUAAUAUUACUUAAGUAAUAGAAAAAUUAGUCAUCCAAAAAAUGUACUUAAGUUCAAGUGUUUGGUGAAAAUAAUACUCAAGUAAUGAGUAACACUGUGAGUAACUGCUUAUAAUUUUGUGGAUUUUUUUUUUCUGAGCACAAAGUUAUCUAUAUGAACUGUUGUUAUCAUGAUACUGUACAAUAACCCAUUACAUAACCACAUUAAGCCAAAGAAAUGCAAAAAAAAAAAAAAAAAAAAUCAUUGAAUUCCGACGACAGAAAAAAAAAAUACAUAAAUGAAGCAUUAUUCGUCCAAAGAUCAUGACUGCCCUCUGGUGGAGAAAAUAGUUCCUAGUUUAAAUAGUUUAGAGUUCCUUCAUUACUCUUUUAAAAUUAAAAGGUUCAUAUCUCUGGUUUUCCGUGGUCAUUCGGUGCCAAAUUAAAACCUGGGAGAGAGGUUAAAGUCAGCGCUUUCGAAUCAUGUUAAGGGCAGCGCUCUAUAUCAAAUACUUCAUUUUUUACGGUGCUUUAAAGACACCACAUGAUUGACCAGGCUGGCGUGAAGAUAGAACGGCAUGCUUGCCUCUGAUUGGUAUAAUGGCAUCAAGGGCGUAGGUUUGCAUCGGGACAGUACGGACAUAACACUACCAUCUUUUCAGGAUACUCAAAUUGUCCCCACCAACUUUUAAGCAACCUUAUUUGCAUUAUAUAAUGACUUCUGUUAUAUAGGUGAUUUAGAUCGAUUCAUUGUCUUCCCAUAUGUUGUAAGGAUAGAACUGACCCUACCAUUAUUAAGUGAAUUACAGUACUUUUAUUAUGUUCAGACUUUUACAUUGACCCCGUUUCACUGGCUGAAUGUGCCAGUCCUUUUUCCCCCUGAAACGCAUGUUUGAUUGGCUUGAAACACACAUGCAUUUACAGCCCGACAGAAAUACAACGUGCCGCCUCCACCACCAGCAGCCACUGUAAUUAAUGUAAAGAGACGUCAAUGUUGUGGAGGUGGGCAACACACCACUCAUUUUGCAAUUGAUUUUCCGACCUGCAUCAGCGUUACCAUAACAUUUAUUCGUGCGACUUUCUCAAACUCUCCUCCUGUAUGUUUUCGUUAAAGGGGAACUUUGAAGUAAGGUUGGCCAACCAUGUUUUUGAAUAAUAUCAAUGGCUAAACAAUUAUAAGCAUAUUUUCAUUUUUUUUUUUUAACGCAACCCUUCCAGAUUCUUUGUUUAACCCAUAGCAACGCCCUUGACAACGAAAAUGCUUUUCUUCGGCAAUCUUCGGAAAUCUUCGGAAAUUACGUCACACCUAGACGUGCGAGGGAAGUCCACCAUAGAACAGUAUUGUUUGUUACAUUGCUUCUCGGUAAGAUGCCACAGCGGUGUGUGGCGAUGUUUUGUUCUCGCUCAAACGAAAAGUUGUAUGAGUGGCCAACGGAUAGCAGGGCACGUAAAUGGACAUCUUUCGUUUGCACGAAGCGAAUGAAUUUCACGCCAUCAUCGAGUAGUGUUCUCUGCUGCAAACACUUCGAAGAUGCCUGCUUCCUUAACCGGUCUGCUUAUGAUCAAGGAUUUGCCAAAAAGUAAGUGUGAUUUUUGGAUAGAUGACUGAUGACUUUGUCAAAGCAUAGCUGCCUACUGUUGUGGAAUUGAACAGUAUAAGCUAUGAGAGCCGCUGACAGGUGACAGCUGAAAAAUAGCGUGUUGGUUUAGCGUAGCCAUUGAGUCAAUCUCGCAGCGAAUCAGCGAGUGAAUCAUGGGAAAUGUAGUCUCGGGACAACACUGAAGUGGUGCUUUGUAAUCUGUUCGCUUGUGUGAAAAAACUACAUUUCCUCACGCCAUUAGACGCCAAUUCCUGCAGAGAGCUGUGCCGAGCUGUGUUCUAACUUUUCCAUAAGAACUGCUCCAUGUGUUAAUAAAGAGACAAGGUUGUCAGCGCGUCGUGUGUUCGAUACAUUUGUAAACAAAAAGCUCAUAACAAGACACUAUGCACAAUCUGUUUAAGAGACGCUGGAGUGGGAGGCGAGGAGGAGAUCGGCGAGAAGCAAAACUUCGCGGUCGAAUGUGGCGGCAGUCCGCUAUUAUUUUGUUUUCUUAUUGUUGCCACAAUAAAGUGGAGAAAGCCAUCGAAGACUCAUCUCCUUCUUUCCCCCCAAUGUUUUUAUAGUAUUAUUUUAUAUGCACGAGAGCUGCCGGAUCUGCCAAAAUGAACAUGAAGUCUGAUUAUUAUUUUUUUUAACAAUGUCAUCAGAUAGACAAAAACAUGCCUGCAUUUUCAAAUCAUAAAAAUAAUAACAGCCUAUAUCUUACCAAUGUUGUAAUCUCGAUGGGUCUUGUAUCCAUUCCAUGUCAGGUAGUCUAGGUACACUGUUUGCAUUCUGAUUAGCGUCUGGCUAAUACAUGUUAGAUCCAACAUAAAAUUCCAAGCUCUUCUUCUUCCUCCAACUCUUCAAAAACUUGGAUCUCCUCCCUUGCGCUCGGUCUAUCGCUUAUAUCGCUGUUUGAAUCAUUGUUUGAAGGGCUUUGUUUGGCGGCCGUAUGUAUGGAGCUGCCAACGCUGUUCCCGGUGUGACGUAUCACUUCCGGGUUCGUCCCCUUUCAGGCUCGAACUUCGGAAACGCGAUUAUUUUGUCAAAUAUACAACAUAUAAAUUAUGUUUUCAUGCUUUAUUUGGUGGACAAUGUUUAAUUACUUUACUUGUGACCCUAUUUGGCAUGUGAAGAAAUUAGUUCACACUACAGCUUUAACGUUAAACUGUUAGAAAUGUAGUGAACCAAGGUCUCCCCAAUUUUGAUUUUUAUUUUAUUCAUGUGGUCUUAAAGCUGCCCAAAUUAAGGAGCUUUCAUUUUUUGUUGCGUUUGGCUGUGACAAAAGCAGUAGUGUUUUACAUGAAGGAGGCUCCAUUUUUAUUUAUUUUUGUUAUUCCCUGACUAGGAAGUUUUUUUCAUCAUAUUUAAUUCAUCUAGACAGACAAUUUUGAGUGGUAUAAGGCAAAUGUUUAUUUUUUUGGAUUCCUGAAUACUUAAGAGAUGAUUAACAAGUUUGUAUUUCUUGUGUAUGUGUUCUAAUAUUGCAAUUUAAAUGUAAAUAAAAUCCAGACAUUCAUUCUGGAAGCUUUCGUAAUGUUUCUUUAGUAGUGUUUGAAAACAUAGAUUUGAAUCGAACGGUGCAUCUCCUGAACCAAUACACAUGCACAGCAAAAAAACCCUCUUUAAAAUUGUUUUAAAAAAAACAAACAAAACUUUAAAUUCCCUUGUUUUCAGUGUAAAUCUACAAAAAAAUAAAUAAAAUUAAAUGAAAUUAAAGUGAAAUUAUCUGCCAAUGCUUCAAGUAAAUUUUACCCAGACUUCUUGAAAUAGAAAAAUAGCUAGCUGACAAUAAGCUCAAUAGACUUAUUUUAAGCAAAAUGUUUGUAUACGUAAUAAAAAAAAACUAAAAAUAAAAAAAAAUACAGGUUUGUCAGAAAUGUUUUUAAUUCAAGAACAGAUACUGUUCAAAACAUUAUUUGAAAGAAUUUUUUCUUGAGUUAGGUGAAAAACGACCAACUUUUAGUAGGAAGGAAUAUUAAUUUAAAGUAAGUGGAAGAAUCUGAUGAUUUCAUCUGUUAACUAGCCUUUAACACUCAAAACAAAAUGGAGAAAAUGAUUUGACUAGAUUUAAGAAAAAUGAUCAGAUGAAGAUGUUAUAAAUUUGCAGUGUGAAAGUUUGUAUAAGUCAAUGCAGAUUUAUUUUGCAUUAAUCAUUUAGCCGAUCAAUUAAUUAGGUUCAUAUUAUUGAGAAAUGUAGCCCUGACACCCAUACACUCAAUCUGGUCAUAUGAAUGUGCCAUCCCUAGAAAAAAAGCGUACAUGCAGGUUAUGCUGUUAUACUGUCCCUACCAAUAUUGACACCAAACCUACGCCCUUGAAUGAAGUCAUGUGAUCAUUGUUGCGACGUAUCAUUGGUGAAAUCGGUAGUGCUACCCCGGUAAUACACCAGGCACAUCUCUACUCUUGGCAUCGCUGGGAAAAAAAAAAUCUAAUAUGUAAGAUAAAAGAGGAAAAAUGCAAUGACUUUUGUGUAGCAGAGUAAGAGUAGCGUUUUUUUUCUUCACAAAUCUACUCUGUAUAAGUAAAAAGUAUAGCUAAAUGUAAAGUAAAUGUAACCGAGUACAUGUAAUGCGUUACUACCCACCUCUGACGAUGAUGGAUUCUUGGCAGGAGCAUAUCAAUAACCUUUUGGGAUACAAAGAAUCACGAUAUAUCACCAUUUCGAUAUUUUGUCACACCCUUAUUAUGAGAUCAUUGUUAACAUGAGCCUUGUAUUGCAAAUCAUAUCGUAUCGUAAGGUACCCAGUGGUUCCUAGCUAAAAAAAAAAUGUUAAAAACUUUUUUUGUUUGCUGUUCUUCUGCGUGAUUGGAAUUUGCCGCGGUGGCCAGUUUAAAGGAUAACACAAACCGGAUGAGCCGCUGUCCGGACAAUGUAAGGAAGAGGCCACCGUCCGACAGCGACCUUUACGAGGGGUGCAGAACUCCCCCUUUCAUCGAAAAAACAAAUAUGGUUUAGUCAGCACCGACCCGCUGGAUCAUCAUCGGAUGUAGUCAGGCGUCGGGAAGAAUUCCACACGUGACCAGGCAACUUUUCCACUAUGUUUUUGCUAAAGUCAUUUACAUAGUCAUGUGAAAAAAUGAGGACACUCCAUGAAAUAUUCAGUUUUUCAUUAGAAAUGUUCACAUAUCGAUGUCUGAUCUUGUUUUUCUUUAUUUCUGGAAAAGAAAGUGAUUGAAUUGCAGGUAAACAACAAAUAUUAACAUUGUUUUACUCAUUAAACCAAAUUAAUCAACAAAAAUGCAUAUUCUAACUGAGGAAAAAGUUAGGACACCCUACCAACUAUGAGCUAGUGUUUUCCCUUUUGGCUGAAAAAACUUCAGUGAGAUGCUUUUUGUAGCCAGUCGGUCUGAACAAAGUUUGCCCCUCUCCUCAACACAGAAUGCUUUCAGCUGUGAGAUGUUUGAGGGGUUUCUUGCAUGUAAAGCCCGUUUCAACUCACUCCACAGCAUCUCAAUGGGAUUAAGAUCUGAGCUUUGACUCGGCCAUUCCAGGACCAUUUCAGCCAGUCCUUUGUGGAUUUAUAGGUACGUUUUGGGUCGUUGUCAUGUUGCAGGGUCCAGUUUCGUUUCAGCUUUAAUUUUUUCACAGAUGAUCGCACAUGUUCUUCAAGCACCCUCUGAUACACGAUAGAAUUCAUGGUGGACUCUAUCAUGGUGAGCUGGCCAGGUCACGCUACAGCAAAGCCUCCCUAAACCAUGACACUUCCACCUCCAUGCUUCACAGUUGGUACAAGGUUCUUUUCCUGGAAUGCUGUAUUGGGUUUACAGCAAACAUGUCCUCUGUUCUGGUGUCCAAAUAAUUAAAUUUUAGAUUCAUCUGUCCAAAGAAUAUUAUUCCAGAAGUGCCUACAUUCACUCUGGCAAACCUCAGUCUGGCCUUCAUGUUCUUCUUGGCGAGCAAAGGUUUCCACUUUGCACACCUCUCAUGAAGGUCAAACUUGUGAAGUCUCUUUCUGAUUGUAGAGGCAUGCACUUUCACAUCAACAGUUGCAAGAGCCUGCUGCAGGUCCUGUGAUGACAUUUUAGGGUUUUUAGACACUUCUUUUAACAUCUUGCGGUCUGCUCUCAGGGUGAACUUGGUUGGAUGGCCAGACCUGUGCAUUUUGGCAGUUUGUUUUGAAUGUCCUCCACUUGUAGAUUAGUUUACGGACAGUGGAAUGGCUGAUUUUACAUUCUCUUUAGAUCUUUGGAAAUCCCUGACCAGAGUCACAAGCGUUUACAAUCUUCUUUCUACAGGCCUCAAACAGCUCCUCUGAUCUCACCGUGGUGUUUUCUCUCACUUUAGCAGUCAGAGGCACACCAAACUAAAUGUGAGGUUUAAAUAAGACAAGCCUCCUUCAAAACACUGGGUAAUGAUUUUCUCAUCAUAUGCACCUCAUUUGAUACCCCUGUGUAUUAUUAUUGUGUUAUUUUAGCCAUUUUAAGUGGGAUUGAGUGUGGGGGUGUCCUCAACAGAAAUUGCAUUUAUUUAAAAUAACAUCUUUUUUUUCCAUUUUAAUUUUAAAUAGUUGUAUUGAAUCUCUCAAGAUUGUUAAAAUUGAUAUUAAAUAUCCAUACAACGAAAUAUGUUAGAAGACACACAGGCUUCCAUAGGGUGUCCUAAUUUUUUCAAAUGACUGUACGUCAUGGAAAACGACCUCAAAUCUGUCAAAGGCCACAUUGGGUUUCUCCGUGAUUUCGGUUAACUUGUACAGGGUGAACCACCAAAAAAAAAAAAAAAAAAACUUUUAACAAUCCAGUAAACCCUGUAUUAGCUUUUAUUUAAUCACGAGAUGAGCUCAUUCCUUGCUUUAAAACACAUUGGGAGUGCUUUCACAGAGCAUUCAUAGCCUGUCUUUUGUGUGAAUAUUUGCAGGUCACAUCUUGUUCAUUUUAGGCUAUUUACCAUUUACUUCCUGUUGAUUUGAUGCAGUUGUGCGGGAAGUGGGGUGCUGAGGGCGCUGCAGCAUCCCCUGGUGUUGGGGAGGGAAAAAGUGUUUUGGUAGAUUUUAUUUUUUGUGUGUUUAAAAUAAAUAAAUAAAUAAAACAUAUUGAAUAGACAGUACUGUACUUACAUAUGACACAUACCUGUCAACCCGAGGCCGUUGGCAAUCUUACAAAUAGUGACGAAUGCCCUUACAAAUUGGUGACUAAUCUUACGUUUUAUAUGGCGUGACAUAUGAAACAAAAAUAAAACUAUUUUUAAAACAAUAUGAAUUUUUUGGUAAUAUUGUCACAUAUGAUGCGGUUGGUGUUACCUUUCAUGUUUGUUUUUUUCCUAAAAAAAAAAAAAACAAAACAUAGUAACCUUUGCUAUGUUUGGAAGUCAUUUAAUGUUGUGAAUCAACCAUUAAAGUUGUUAAAUUGCUCCCGUUUUUGCAUUAGUUCCCUUCUGUCUACUUUCGACAUGUGAAAGUUUAAAAUUGUUUCAUCAUUUAAAGAUAGAUUCAAGUCAAGAUUUUGCCGAUUUAGGAGCAUUUUAGAUAAAAAGUUAGGUUCGCUAGGAAGGUUCACUAUAACAUAGCCUUUCUGAGAAGUCUACUGCUUUAAGAUGGCGGCUGUUUACUAAUGCCGCCGAGUCUGUCAUUUUGCAUCUAGUUUUAUAUGCAUGUGAUAUCUAGCCUAGCAUUAAGGAAAUAUUGGAGCCACCUAGCCUAACCUCCUUCCCACUCCCACGCUUCUCUUUCUUUUUUUUUUUUUCAUAACCUGCAUGCACACUUUUGCUGGGGACGGGACAUUCUCAAUCAUCAAUGCAUAAUAAAUCUGUAUUGACUUAUACUAACCUUUAUGUGUAUUGGUUCAGCCUACAACAUUCAAUUCAAACCUUUGUUUUCAAAAAUUACGAGAAUACGAAUAGAGAAGCAUUUUGAAAACUUCCAGAAAAAAAAUCAUGAUUUUAUGAUCAAAUUUAAAUUGUUUGUUUAAAUUAUUUGAACAUAAAUUAUAUUUGCAAACACAAUAAAUACAAACUUGUUAAUCAUCUCUUAACUCUCCAGGCAUGCAAAAAAAAAAAAAAAAAACCAUUUGUCUUAAGACCACUAAACAUUGUCUAAAAAAAGAAAUUAAAUAUAACUGAAAAUUUAUCAGGGAAUAACAAAAUAAAUAAAUAAAUAAUGGAGCCGUUCUUCAGGUAAAAUACUACUGCUUUUUUCCACAAGCACAUCCAAACUCAACAAAAAAAAAGAAAGCUCCUGUGGGCUCACAUAAAUAAAAGUAAUAUUCGGGAGAAGGGGGUAAAACUCAGUUCACCACAUUUCUCACAGUUUAAUUAACGUUAACAGUAGAAAACACAUAAAGGAUGUUUUGCAGGUAAGCAAGUUCACACCGUUUAAUGUUCUGAUAGGUCUGAUGCAGGUCAGACUUUUAGUGGCAAAAUUAGUGGUGUGUUCCCCACUGCCACAACAUUGACAUCUUUUUACAUUUCAUACAGUGGCUGCUAUUGGCAGAAAAAAAAAACCUUCUAAAACCCUAAUAUCUAAUGUUUGUUUGUACUGUAUGUCUGGGGGGAAAUGCGAAACGUCCUACACAAUACUCAGCAUGCUUGCGCAAGCAUUCGCAUAAGAGCUGAAACGUAACGUUAGCCCUGCGAAGGGCUAGGUUUCUAUUAGUUAUGACCACUGUCGAUGCGUGGCUAAUGUGUCUUACAUACAGGCUUCAUUUAAUCUGUGAAAACAGCGCUGUAGAGUGAUGAGGGUGUAAAAUAAAAACUUAACAGCGCUAACUGUCAAUUUUAGCUCAGUAGUCAUUGCUGGAUAAAACACCAAGUAGCACUGGUCCCUAAUGUGCUCCGACUUACAGUUUCGACUAACUUAAAACUUAACUAGAACUUAAAAUAGCGUGACACAAAUGGAAAUUCAAUUGAAACACGUGGGAAAAACACCUAACUUUUAAGUGAUGUGUGUUAUCAAGCGUAAUGGCAUUUUUA